GACGUCUACUGCGCAAAACCAGCCAGCCUGAAUUUACAAACCCAGCUCUUCAUUGGGAACAAGGUUCACUAUACCAGCAUUCAGAUAGCAGCUGCCUAGCAGCUAACUGCUUCCUGCCACAGUUCGUCGAUUCUCAGAGCACGGAACGCUACACCUUGAAGAGUCCGGUCGAUGACUCCAUUGUCACGGACAAGGUUCAGUACGCGAGUCGGGAAGAUAUUGACCGAGCCGUAGAGAUAGCCGUACAUGCAUUUCGCGAUGGUCCAUGGAGCACCUAUACCGGUGGCCAGCGGGCCAGAUGCAUGCUCCGAUUCGCAGAUCUUGCAGAACAGCACGCGGCAAACCUGGCAAAAGCCGACUCUCUACCCACGGGCAAGCCGGUUGGCGCAAAUCAGUUCUUUGACAUUGCACACAUGGUGGAGGUGUAUCGAUACUAUGCAGGAUGGGCGGACAAGAUUGCUGGCGAGUCGUACUCCGAUGACGAUGGCACAUACAAGAUCGUGCAGUACGAGCCACUGGGCGUAUGCGCUGGAAUAGCUUCCUGGAACGCCACAUUCCUCUACGUAGCUUGGAAGAUCGCACCAGCCCUGGCAGCCGGCAAUACGUUCAUAUUCAAAUCGUCCGAGAAGUCACCACUGGGCGCCCUUGCACUAGGUCCCUUAUUCGCGGAAGCCGGUUUUCCUUCUGGCGUGGUGCAGUUCGUAAGCGGUGCUGCGGAGUGCGGGAAUGCUCUGGCAUCUCAUCCACAGAUUGCGAAGAUCAGCUUCACAGGCUCUACGUCUGUGGGUAGGAAGAUUCAAGACGCAGCCACCCGAAGUAACAUGAAGCGUGUGACACUCGAGCUGGGCGGCAAGUCUCCCGCUAUUGUCUUUCCGGACGCUCCAAUUGACAUAGCACUUCGAAGCGUCGGCAAUGGCUUUCUAGCCAACUCUGGUCAGAUCUGCGUUGCUGGUUCCCGUGUAUUUGUACACGAGGACAUUGCGGACACAUUCGUUGCGGGAUUGAAAGCAAUAUUCGAAAAAGCCUCGGAAGACCUCGGAGCGAGCCCAUUGGAACUCACUACGGAACAUGGUCCCGUCGUCGACCAUCAACAGUUUGCCACUGUGAUGCGCUACAUAUCAAUCGGCAAAGAGACAGCUACGUUGAUUACUGGUGGGCAACGAAAGGGUAGCCACGGGUGCUUCGUUGAACCAACAAUCUUCUCAAACCCUUUGGAAAACAGCCCUGUCCUACGCGAAGAGAUAUUCGGGCCUGUGCUCGUUGUCAAGACGUUCAAGACUGAGGACGAGGUUGUUGCGAUGGCAAAUGACACCACGUACGGGUUGUCGGCUACACUCUAUACCACCGAUAUAACACGAGCGAUGCGUGUCGCCCGGAGGUUAGAGAGCGGCGCAGUGUCUAUCAACGCGCCGCAUUUACCCAACAAGAGCACGCCAUUUGGCGGUAAAAAGCAAUCAGGGAACGGGAGAGAGCUGGGCAAGCAUGGAUUGCUGGCUUACCUGGAGCCGAAGACGAUCCAUGUCAACAUGAGGGUGCCGUCUCGCUUAUGAUCGAACAUGAUGCUGAUGGGGACGGUGCGUUGUGAAUCACUCUCACAUCUUAGUAGUCGCAGCCGUGCCCAGAAUGAUGUCCUAUAUCGCAGAGAUACUAUAGAUAGCCACAUGCACAGUCAUUAAUUUUUGCUAAUAUCUCUUCAACUUCACGUUUUUGUGACGCAAUACAUGUAGCUCGAAUCAGCUCGUUUCCGUGCUGUUUGCAUGCUACUUGUAGACGUAGCUGUCCAACAACGGUUCUUUGAAGU